GCAUCCUCACCAAGAAAAAAUGGAACUUGCAGGCACCAGCUUAGCACCAUCUUUGCCUUCCAGAAUCCUUCAUUUUCAUUUGUUUUUCUUAAUUUUUGCAACCAUACUAUGUUUCCAACCUGCUCAUUGUCUCUCUAAGUUGGGAAAUGAGACUGAUAAGCUUGCUCUUCUGCAAUUCAAAGCCAAGAUAAGCAAUGAUCCAAAUGGCAUAUUGAGCUCAUGGAAUGACUCUGUCAGCUUCUGCAAAUGGCAAGGAGUUACUUGUGGCUCCAAACAUCAGAGAGUUACGUCUCUAAAUCUGCAGGGGUUGAGCUUAUCGGGGACUAUUUCUCCACAUGCAGGGAAUCUCACAUUCUUGAGGUUUCUCAGCCUAGGCGACAACAGAUUUCAUGGAGAAAUUCCUCAAGAAGUUGGUUACCUCUUCCGAUUGAGACAUUUCAACCUGAGCAAUAACCAGUUGGGUGGUGAAAUUCCAGGUAACAUCAGCAGUUGCUCAGAGCUCAGGCUUCUAGAUUUGAUUAAUAACAACUUGGUGGGAAAAGUACCUGCUGAGCUAGGAUCUUUAAAGAAGCUUGUGAUUCUUUUCAUUGGUGAAAAUAGUCUCACGGGAAAGAUCCCAAAUUCGUUAGGAAAUCUUUCAUCCCUCCAAAUGAUUUACUUGGCAGAAAAUCAUUUGCAGGGAAAGAUUCCAAAUGAAUUCGGACAGUUAACAAGCCUAACUUUGCUUGAGCUCGGGGUUAAUAAUCUGAGUGGCAUAAUACCUCCUCCACUUUAUAAUAUCUCAUCUAUCACUUCCAUUGGCACGACAUUUAAUCAAUUAAGUGGGAGUCUCCCAGCAAACAUAGGCCUAACUCUUCCUAACCUGGAACAACUGUUUUUGGCUCAAAAUGAAUAUUUUGGAAGUAUUCCAGAAUCAUUGGCCAAUGCUUCUCGGCUUCGGCUUAUUGACAUCUCGAACAACAGUUUCACAGGGCAAUUCCCAACAGAUCUGGGAUAUCUCAAGGGACUUGAAUCGCUUCAUUUGGAGUUCAAUUUCUUUGGCAGUAACACAAGUCAAGAUUUGAGUUUCUUACCAUCUCUUGCCAACUGCAGCAAUCUGCAACAACUAUACUUUGAUGGAAACAAUUUUGGUGGUGCAUUGCCUAGCUCCAUUGGCAAUCUGUCUAAUCUUGUGCAGUUAGGCUUCGGACGGAAUCCAAUAUCAGGAACAAUCCCAGAAGAGGUAGGCAGUCUUGUCAAUUUGUAUCGAUUAGAUAUGGAUAGAAACCUUUUUUCUGGUAGUAUCCCCAUUUCUUUUGGAAAGCUACAAAAGCUGGAACGUCUAACAUUAAAUCAAAAUCUACUUUCUGGUGAAAUUCCAGCGUUCCUGGGUAUUGCAGAACUGCAGCUGCCAGCAUGUCCUAUCAAAGAAGAAAAAGACAGAGGGCCUUCCAUUGUCAUAGUCCUCACCACAACCAUCAGUUCUUUUCUCUUUGUCGUGAUAGCCGCAUUCUUAUGUCUUUUCUAUUGGCAAAAGUCAAAAAAUAGUCCAACUUCCUCAACUUUCACAGUCGAUGAACUUUCUCGGAGACUAUAUAUUGCCAUUGAUGUUGCUUCUGCGUUGCAUUAUCUUCAUGACCAUUGUGAAACACCAAUUGUUCACUGCGAUUUGAAGCCGAGCAAUAUUCUUCUUGACAGUGACAUGACUGCUCAUGUUGGUGACUUCGGAUUAGCAAAGCUCCUUGCUGAAAGCGCCAAUAGUCCUUCUCAAAGCCAGACUUUGUCAACUGGGAUAAAGGGAACAAUUGGCUACAUGGCUCCAGAAUAUGGAGUAGGCAGCAGUGUGACAACUUAUGGAGAUGUCUACAGCUUUGGAAUACUCUUGCUAGAGAUGUUCACAGGAAAGAGACCAACUCAUGAUGUGUUUACAGAUGGUUUAGAUCUCCACAACUUUGUAAAGGCUAAGCUCCCAAGACAAGUGAUGCAGGUCGUGGAUCCCACCUUACUCACUCCAGGAGAAGUGGGGGCAGCUACAGCAGCAGCAGCAGAAAAUAUGGACAAUGAUGGAAGUAUUGACGAUAGUGUACGAGAAUAUGUUGUAUCAGUCCUGCAAAUUGGACUCAAAUGCUCCACAGAAGUGCCAAAAGAUCGAAUGAGUAUGAAGGAUGCAACAAGCAAACUAAAUGACAUCAAGGACACUUUCCUUCAUAGACAUCAGAAAAUAGUUCAAAAUGGAAGCACAAUGCAACAGCCACAACAACAGUAAGCUACGAAGCACAAUGAAAGUAAUGUUGAUAUUGAAAAUUUAAGGCUGCAGAGGUGCAAUGUGCAAAAAUGUAAUCUAUCAGUCCUCAUAAUAGAACUUGCAUGAUCUGCAGAACUACCAGGAGGAAGUUACAAGAACAACUAAAUAUCAUUACAGACUUUAAAAUCAUAGAAAUUGAAAGUAAACAUCGAAGCACAAUACUUUGGCAACAGAGUAUAGAAAGCAUAAGAGGGUAAAAUUCUUCAAUCAAGAGUCUGAAAAGAUCUCCAGACUUUGAUUGAUUACAAAUAUAAAAAUAAUUCUUCAAUCAAUGAUUGA